UGGAGAGGGGAGUGGACGCUUCAAGAGGAACCCAGCUGCUGCCUGGGAGCUGCUCAGCUGCACUAGACUGGUCACUUCCACAGUAAGGACCCAACUGCUCAAACCCAGGUGAUUUACAGUCUGGACAGAUCUAUGCCAAGUGGAACCUCAAUUACAGACUGGCCAACUUGGCUCCAGGGGCUUCCAACCACAUCCAAUAAAAGCUCAACAGAUCCUCAGCCGAACCAUUCUCUGCUAUUCUUCUGCUCCAAGCUGCUCUGAAGGGACCUCAGACUGGACAGGACAGAUUUAGAAGAUCUCCAGUUCCAGCUUGGUAAGCCCAAAGCUGCCCACAUCGGUGGAUUCCAGGCUGUCAGGAAUACUUCAUGGACCAUCUGAUGCUCAUAUGAGAACUGGCACAGGAACCACCGAAUACUCUGAUCUAGCCAGCUCCUUCACUCAGAGCUGUGCCACCAUGGCCACUUACCAAACUCCUGAAGAAAGCUCUGUGGCUUUAUUGACUCACAACUCCAGCAGUAAAGAAAUCGACCGAAGUAAGGAAGACAUUGGGCAAGAUAAGGGGCAGGAUAAGCCAGACCCAUCUCAAAAGCCCCCUUACUCUUAUGUGGCCCUGAUCGCUAUGGCCAUCAGGGAGAGCCCCGAAAAGCGGCUAACGCUGUCUGCUAUAUACCAGUACAUAAUCAGCAAAUUCCCCUUCUACGAGAAGAACAAGAAGGGCUGGCAAAACAGCAUUCGCCACAACCUGAGCCUCAACGAGUGCUUCAUCAAGGUGCCUCGGGAAGGCGGCGGAGAAAGGAAAGGCAACUACUGGACCCUAGAUCCAGCCUGCGAGGAUAUGUUCGAGAAGGGCAACUACAGAAGAAGGAGACGAAUGAAGAGACCUUUUAGGCCACCUCCUACCCAUUUCCAAGCAGGGAAGAGCCUCUUUAGCAGUGACACCUACGGCUACCUUUCCCCACCUAAGUACCUGCAGUCCACUUUCAUGAACAACUCGUGGUCGCUGGGUCAGCCCCCCGCUCCCAUGUCCUACACGUCGUGUCAGAUGUCUGGGGGCAAUGUCAGCCCGGUGAACGUGAAGGGACUGUCCGCAUCGCCCUCAUACAACCCAUAUUCCAGGGUCCAGAGCAUGGCUUUGCCCAGUAUGGUCAACUCCUACAACGGCAUGAGCCACCACCAUCACCACCCCCAUGCCCAUCAUCCCCAGCAGCUGAGCCCUGCCAGUCCCGCGCCCCCUCCUACAGCCAGCCCCAACGGGGUGCAGUUUACCUGUGCCAGGCAGCCUUCAGAGUUAUCCAUGAUGCACUGUUCCUAUUGGGAGCACGACACCAAGCACAGCGCCCUGCACCCUAGGAUAGACCUCUGAGGACGACUCCUAGACCGAAUCCUAAGGAUCAAACCGUAUGUACCGCGAGGAGAGAGCCUGGACCCCGUGAUGCCCCCUGUAGUUCAGGAUUACUUUUAGACUUGGUGCUAUAGAGACAUUGAGGGGACUGAUAACAUUGGCACCCUCUGCGCACCAGUGUAAGUGUGUCCAUGCGUGUGUUACACGGGUUUCUGCUGGGACAGCACGUUGCAAAUCAAUAUCUGCAUGCGAUCUCACGCUGAGAAUCCGAGAUAUGACUCCUGGUACUCCAGCUGCCACACACUACAACCCCAAUCAUCCUCAGCCAAGCCACAAGGCUGCUUCGUUAAGCAUGAGAUAAGUGGUAGUCCUUGACAGCUGGACGGCCAUAUAUUAUGUAUUUAUGUAUCCACCACGAAAAUAUACUGUAAAUAAUAGCAAGGUUGUGGCACACGUGAGACGUGGUAUGUAAAACCGCACAUGUGAGUGUGUAUAGAGCGUGUAUGUGAAUACCGGGUUGUAUGUAGCCAGUAUGUACCCAUCAUAAUGUUUAGGUUCUGAAAAGCCUUGUGAGCCUCAAAACAAUUCCCACCUUGGGGUUUUUUUUUAAGUUUUGCCCCAUUCAGAACUUUGGAAACUUCACCUUUAUACCAUCGCGUUAAUCGUGUCCCUAUAACCUCCUCUAAUUAUGUUUAUUCAGACAUCAGAACCAUUAGCUGAAUUAACUUAAUAGAAAGAACUCAACGUGACCGCAAAACUGCCUCUUAAGAUAAUUGUGAUCGGUUACCCGUUCCAUAGUCAUUUCGUAUGUAUGAGCACAGAUAGGGAAAUCCGGUCUGUGUAUGUGUGUAUAUGUGUAUGUGUGCAGUAUAAUCCGGGAUUCGCUCCGGUCGGUGUAUAUGUGUUUGUGUGCAGUAUUAUCCGGGUUUCGGUCCGGUCUAUCUUCACUCAUUUACCCGUCUGUCUGCCAAAGAGUUAAUAUUUGGGACCAAUUUUGCCAGAGUAAAGUCAUUUAGCACUUUUUUUUUGUUUUGGUUGUAUUUUCUAGCCUUGUAAAUUCACAAAUAAAGUAUUCUUUUUUUUC